AUGCUUUUCCUCCCAGCUGCUGUUCUGUGCUGUCUGUGUUCAGCGCUGGUUGCCAUGGCAGCACAGCUGAUUCAGGAUGAUUUAACAUUGACCAGGACAGCUGGUGAAAAUGUUUCCUUCAGCUGUCGAGGAACUGACCAGUGUGUCAAUAGUUUAUGGUGGUUCCAGAAGAAAGACACAGAAACAUUCAAACUGAUUCUUGUUAUGAACACGGAUAGUGGUGAAUUAGUUAAAGGUUACAAUCACCCUCAGGAAGAUGAUUUCUCAGCUGUAAAUAAAACGAACGGUUGGGAGUUGCAGAUCCAGACAGUUAAACUCUCACAUUCAGCCACCUACUACUGUAACUGUCAGAAAAAAGGUUACGAGCUCUUUGGCCGUGGCACUAAACUGUUUGUAGAUGAGCAGGUGGUGAAGCCCGUGGUGAGCGUGUACCCAGCAGCAUCCAGAGCCCACCUGGAGGGGAAGAGCUCCCUGCUGUGUCUGGCCUCAGCCAUGUCUCCUCCUCUGGUCCAGUUCUCCUGGAAAAGAAAGAAGAAGAACGGUCAGCUGGAGAAUCUGACCCCUGCUGACUUUGAGCACCUGGAGCUCAGAGAGCCGGGACGCAGCGCCUCCAUCCUGCUGCUCCAUCAGCAAGAGAACAGCACAUAUAAAUACCGCUGCUACGUCAAGCACGAGGGGGGCACAGUGGAGGCCCAAACAGAACAAGAGGUUCCAGCUGCAGCAGCCUCCUGUCCUCCAGAGAGAGAGCCAGCAGACCUGCCAGCUCUGCAGCAAACUGACUUGCUGAUAGUGAAGAGUCUGGUGUACUGCUGUGGACUCUCUCUGCUGAUGAUCCUCAGAAACAAGGGACCGUCCACCAACUGCACACAUGCUGACUGA